AUGCAUCUUGCUGGUAACCUCAGUGACUUCCUCAUUUCUCUCUGGCGUGGAAUGAUACAUUGUGCCACUACAGAUGAUGUAACUACGUGGGAUUGGGCAGUAUUCCAUGAUGUGGAAGCUUGGAGUGCACAUGGGGAGUUGGUUGCACAAGCGGGUCCAUUUCUUCCCGAAAAACUCAACACAAGUUAUAAAAACUUGGGAAUUCCAACUUUACACCUUUGGAACUACUGCAAGCUCAUACGAGGUGUUCAACUCAUGUGUCAGCACAGUAUCACCAUCGAGCAUAUUCGAGAAGCCCAAACACUCUUGUGUAAUUGGGAAUAUGAAUUUGAACUCCUGUAUUACAGACGACACCAAGAUCACAUCCACUUCAUCCAUCCCUGCAUUCACCAAACUAACCACCUUGUUGCGGAGACUGUUCGCAAAGGUCCCCCUAUUUGUUAUGCACAGUGGACCAUGGAGCGCACUAUCGGGAACCUUGGACAAGAGAUACGUCAACCAUCUCGCCCUUACGCCAACCUGUCGCAAGAGGAGCUCGAUGAACCUUCAAAAGGUCUUCCAAUAGGUGCAAUAGACUCAGGAGAUGGAUUUGCAUUGUUGCGCAAACGUGACAGAUAUGCAUUCAGUCCAGUUGGAGGUGCGGCACAAGCCAUACUUGACUAUCUUGGAGAUGGGUCGGCACUUCCUCGUAUCAAACGUUGGGCACGACUCCUCUUGCCCAAUGGACAGAUUGCAUGGUCUGUCUGGAGAGAGACACUCAAACCGUUAGAUCAGACUCGCACAUCACGUAAUGUGAAAAUAAAAUAUCACGGGGAAGUUCGGUUCGGUGAAGUUCUAUACUUCACCAGGCUUUCAAUGUAUUCUCAUCCAGACGAUGACCUUCUCCAGCUCUCCUCACAUACUGUCACAUCUUGCUCCCGUCUUGAAGAUAUUUGCGUCAUUAGCAUAAAGCAGAUCCUAAGUGUUGUUGCGAUGAUUCCACACAAGCCUAUACUACCUUCUGGACCUGGAUUAGAUCUCUCAAGCAUAGGAAUCGCUAAUGUCCCUCCUGAUGACAAGGACAAUGUUCCAGACGUAGAAUAA